GUUUUCAUUCGGUGCGAGAUCGCGUGUCACAAAUUACCGGUAUCGCGGCCUCCCCCCGCGCCGGCUCGCCAAAUCGAUUUUCGUUGGACGUUCGGAUUUCCCUCGGUCGCCACGCGGGCUGCUGGCUCAUCGUACCGGUGCGCAAUGCGCGCAGGUGCCCUUCCGCCGAUGAUGAUUUACCCAGGUUUGGCCAACCGUUGAACAAUCUCACAGUCUCGGUGGGUCGCGAAGCCAUUUUCACCUGCAUCGUCGAGGGUCUCGGACCAUACAAGGUAGCGUGGCUACGAGUCGAUACGCAGACGAUUCUGACGAUAGCAGGUCACGUUAUCACGAAGAAUCAUCGGAUCUCUGUGACACAUAUUGGCCAUCGUUUGUGGUCUUUGCACAUAAAAGACACGCGCAAGACCGACAGCGGUUGGUACAUGUGCCAGGUUAAUACUGACCCGAUGUCCAGCAUCACUGGAUUUCUCGAAGUCGUUGUGCCGCCGGAUAUCCUGGACUAUCCCACCAGCACGGACAUGGUGGUGCGGGAGGGUAGCAACGUGACGCUACGGUGCGCGGCGACAGGAACACCAGAGCCAACGGUCACGUGGCGUCGCGAAGCGGGCGGCACGAUCAGCUUGUCGAACUGGCAGGCGGGGAGUAUCGUGGGCCCGGAGCUGGAAAUAACACGAAUCACCCGUCUCCAUAUGGGACCAUAUCUCUGCAUAGCGUCCAACGGGGUGCCACCAACAGUCAGCAAGCGGAUCCUGCUCACUGUUCACUUUCAGCCAAUGGUUUGGAUCGAAAAUCAGCUAGUGGGUGCUUACGAAGGGCAAACUCUUACGCUGGAAUGCCGUAGCGAAGCCCAUCCUAGUCCUAUCACUUACUGGACGAGGCCAUCGAAUGAAACCAUUGCCAAUGACGAGAACUAUAAGGUCGAAACAAUUCCUAAAGGAUUAUACGAAAUGACGAUGAAGCUCGUCAUAAAAUCUGUACGAGCACAGGAUUUCGGAUCCUUUCGAUGUGUGGCGACAAACUCCCUCGGAGAGACCGAUGGGAAAAUAAAAAUUUACAGGAUCGAUAAGCCGCCAACAACGCGCAGACCAGGCAUGAGGCGGGAGUCAAAGAAGACGUGGAAGAUCGAUCACAACCAUGAGAAGAAGGCCGUCGGUAUGAAAGACGACCCGAUGCUAAAGAACGACGAUGUUGGUGACGAGCAGAUUGAUUUUCAAUCGUCGACGGCCUCAUCGUCGUUUCAUCGCCAUUUAUUUACGAAUUUUGGGAUAACUGCCAUGACUGUGAUACUGGCCGGUGGUUUAUCCACGUAGGCCAUCGUUGUGCAUCUAGAAACUAUUACCGAAGGAGAUUAAUGCAAAACGUUCUCCAGACACGAGACUAGGCAUCGUAUGCUGGCAAACGUUACAACGAAGGAAUGUCGAUAAGAAUGAUGCUGCGUGGGGAUUGCUGCUCUCCGUAAAAGAUCUCUUCCUAUUGUACAUGAAAUUUGCGUAAAGCGAAGCGCAAAGCGAAGAGUCGUUUUCACAUGGAGUUUCGAAGUACCUGGCUGAUCAGGCCAGAGUGACCAGGGUACUUCGUGAGAAGCGUAAUUAACACAUUGCAAGCCGAACGUGUACUAAUAGACUUUCCUCCCUAAAGACGUAGAAAGCCACCAAUCUAUUAACCCCUUUGCGCUGAAGGUGCCAGAGUAGCUGGCUUUUACCGUUUCCAUUCCAAGCGGUAACUCUGUUGACCUCGCCGUUACUUGAAAAAAAGAAAGUCUGUAGGUCCAGUAACUACAGACAUAUAUUAUUUGCAAUCGCAUUUUCUGAUUUGUAAAACAAAUACUAAUAAUGACAUGAAAAUUAUAUUUCAAUUUACUCACAAAAUUAUACUUUAUGCAAAUGCAUUUUCUAAUUUUACAUUUAAUAUAA